AUGCAUCGAGCCUACCAGCCAAUUUUACCAUGUGGCAACAAAUACCUUCAGCUAAAAUGGGACAAAGCAAAGUAUGAAGAACACAAGAAAAGGAUCCAGGCAGCAAAACCAUUAGUGGACACAAGUGCCCCUGCAACAUACGGCCAUCUUCAUCUGAAGUUAGGGAAGCUGAAGUUGGAGGAAGACCGACUUUCUGUCAUCGAAAGGGACAACCAUUUGCUGCUGGAGAAGGUGUCCUUCAUCCUGAGAACAAAGGGACAAAUUGACAACAAAAAUGACUAUAACGCCAAAAGUUUAAAUGGAGAAAAGCAAAAGCAGGAGCUGCGGAGAGUGAACCAGGAGAACCGUGCCAUUCUGGAUAGAAUUACAAAGUCCCAGCCUCAGUAUCAAGUUCAGCGAUGGCAUGAGGAUUGGCAACAAGCUGAAAAAUACAUGGCCAACAUUGCGAGAUAUCCUCAUGGGUGGUGUAAAUCACAGAGCCGAAAGGAGAAAACUAUUCACAUGGAUUUCCAGGCCUUGAAUUUCAGCAAGAAUGCAUUGAAACCAUAUUGCCUGCAGUUUAAAUAA